UCUUAAAGUCUAAAGUAAAGGUGGUACCUCCUAAAAAGAGGGAGACAGAAGACUUUGUGUGGAAGGAUAAGGAGUGGGUUUAUAGUUUCAGUAAGAGUGUACGUUUUAAUUUUUCUUCUUCCUCUGCCUCUUUGCCAAGUAGCCUGAGUGCAUCUGUUAACCAGAAGUAGUAUCACUCUAGGACAAACUUCAAAUUCUUCAUUCUGUGUUGCCUUUAAGGAACAACAUACUUUCUUCCUGUUCUUUUUCCAAAAACACACGCCUAUGGCUCUGUGUGUGGUGUUUUAGCCAGCCUCCUCCCAGAUAAGGGGUUCCCUUCCCUCCUUUGCAUUGAAAGGAAAGUGCAAGUCUGGACAUGUUUAUCAAGAGGAAAAGUGACUUCUUAGUAAUAGACUGUCAAAUUCUGGCUGCUGCCCCAGUGUUCGCUUUGUUAUGGCAGGUGAAGUUCACCUUUGCCCCACCCAGUGUUUCCACAAAAAGGCAAGGUUCCAAGUAUUCAUAUGAACAAGUGUUACUUUAGGACUUGGAGGGUUGGGGGUGGAGGAUGUUUGCAUAGUUGAAGCCUUGGGCGGGGGUGUAGGAAACGGCGAGUACAGAGGCCAUAGAAAAAGCUGAGACUCAGUUUGACGUCGUCAGCCAGCUUGGUCUUCUACCCAGUGACUCAAAGCACUAAAAGUCAGCAUAAUCGGAACUGAAGUCAGUAGCAUCGCCCAUUUGCCAUUCACUGCAGUAGCAAAAGUAGUACUCUGUGGUGGGUUAAUCGGUUUGAGGCAGCUCCUUAAAUGAACAUUUGUGUUUCAUUUUUCUGUUAUUUUCCCGAACAUGAAAAGACGAUAAAACUGAAAUGGAAAAGAUCUAUUCCAGAGGGGAGCUUCACCACUUCAUUGACGGCUUUAAUGAAGAGAAAAGCAACUGGAUGCGCUAUGUGAAUCCAGCACACUCUCCCCGGGAGCAAAACCUGGCUGCGUGUCAGAACGGGAUGAACAUCUACUUCUACACCAUUAAGCCCAUCCCUGCCAACCAGGAACUUCUUGUGUGGUAUUGUCGGGACUUUGCAGAAAGGCUUCACUACCCUUAUCCUGGAGAGCUGACAAUGAUGAAUCUCACACAAACACAGAGCAAUCUAAAGCAACCAAGCACUGAGAAAAAUGAACUCUGCCCAAAGAAUGUCCCAAAGAGAGAGUACAGCGUGAAAGAAAUCCUAAAAUUGGACUCCAACCCCUCCAAAGGAAAGGACCUCUACCGUUCUAACAUUUCACCCCUCACGUCAGAAAAGGACCUCGAUGACUUUAGAAGACAUGGGAGCCCCGAAAUGCCAUUCUACCCUCGGGUCGUUUACCCCAUCCGGGCCCCUCUGCCAGAAGACUUUUUGAAAGCUUCCCUGGCCUACGGGAUGGAGAGACCCACGUACAUCACUCGCUCCCCCAUUCCAUCCUCCACCACUCCAAGCCCCUCUGCAAGAAGCAGCCCCGACCAAAGUCUCAAGAGCUCCAGCCCUCACAGCAGCCCCGGGAAUACAGUGUCCCCUGUGGGCCCCGGCUCUCAAGAGCACCGGGACUCCUACGCUUACUUGAACACGCCCUACGGCACGGAAGGUUUGGGCUCCUACCCUGGCUAUGCACCCCUGCCCCACCUCCCGCCAGCUUUCAUCCCCUCGUACAACGCUCACUACCCCAAGUUCCUCUUGCCCCCCUAUGGCAUGAAUUGCAAUGGCCUGAGCGCUGUGAGCAGCAUGAAUGGCAUCAACAACUUCGGCCUCUUGCCGAGGCUGUGCCCUGUCUACAGCAAUCUCCUCGGUGGGGGCAGCCUGCCCCACCCCAUGCUCAACCCCACUUCUCUCCCGAGCUCGCUGCCCUCAGAUGGAGCCCGGAGGUUGCUCCAGCCAGAGCAUCCCAGGGAGGUGCUUGUCCCGGCGCCCCACAGUGCCUUCUCCCUUACCGGGGCCGCCGCCAGCAUGAAGGACAAGGCCUGUAGCCCCACAAGCGGGUCUCCCACGGCGGGAACAGCCGCCACAGCAGAACAUGUGGUGCAGCCCAAAGCUACCUCAGCAGCGAUGGCAGCCCCCAGCAGCGACGAAGCCAUGAAUCUCAUUAAAAACAAGAGAAACAUGACCGGCUACAAGACCCUUCCCUACCCGCUGAAGAAGCAGAACGGCAAGAUCAAGUACGAAUGCAACGUUUGCGCCAAGACUUUCGGCCAGCUCUCCAAUCUGAAGGUCCACCUGAGAGUGCACAGUGGAGAACGGCCUUUCAAGUGUCAGACUUGCAACAAGGGCUUUACUCAGCUCGCCCACCUGCAGAAACACUACCUGGUACACACGGGAGAAAAGCCACAUGAAUGCCAGGUCUGCCACAAGCGAUUUAGCAGCACCAGCAAUCUCAAGACCCACCUGCGACUCCAUUCUGGAGAGAAACCAUACCAAUGCAAGGUGUGCCCUGCCAAGUUCACCCAGUUUGUGCACCUGAAACUGCACAAGCGUCUGCACACCCGGGAGCGGCCCCACAAGUGCUCCCAGUGCCACAAGAACUACAUCCAUCUCUGUAGCCUCAAGGUUCACCUGAAAGGGAACUGCGCUGCGGCCCCGGCGCCCGGGCUGCCCUUGGAAGAUCUGACCCGAAUCAAUGAAGAAAUCGAGAAGUUUGACAUCAGUGACAAUGCUGACCGGCUCGAGGACGUGGAAGAUGACAUCAGUGUGAUCUCUGUAGUGGAGAAGGAAAUUCUGGCCGUGGUCAGAAAAGAGAAAGAAGAAACUGGCCUGAAAGUGUCUUUGCAAAGAAACAUGGGGAAUGGACUCCUCUCCUCAGGGUGCAGCCUUUAUGAGUCAUCAGAUCUACCCCUCAUGAAGUUGCCUCCCAGCAACCCACUACCUCUGGUACCUGUAAAGGUCAAACAAGAAACAGUCGAACCAAUGGAUCCUUAAGAUUUUCAGAAAACACUUAUUUUGUUUCCUAAGUUAUGACUUGGUGAGUCAGGGUGCCUGUAGGAAGUUGCUUGUACAUAAUCCCAGCUCUGCAAAGCUCUCUCGACAGCAAAUGGUUUCCCCUCACCUCUGGAAUUAAAGAAGGAACUCCAAAGUUACUGAAAUCUCAGGGCAUGAACAAGGCAAAGGCCAUAUAUAUAUAUACUUAUUUACACCUGUGUCUAUAUAUUUGCCCCUGUGUAUUUUGAAUAUAUGUGUGGAUAUGUUUGCAUAGCCUUCCCAUUACUAAGACUAUUAUGUAGUCAUAAUUAUUUUUUCAAUGAUAAUCCUUCAUAAUUUAUUAUACAAUUUAUCAUUCAGAAAGCAAUAAUUAAAAAAGUUUACAAUGACUGGAAA